CAGCAUGGAUGCUUCGUCGAAAUUCUAUAGCUUGCAGCUGCCAGCAAAACCGUUGGCUAAAAUUGCUCCCGGCAGUACUGUGGAUGUGAAGCAAGAUCCUGCCGCUGCGAAAACUUUUUUUGUGCGCAACAAUCGUGUGCUGGUGAUCUACGAACAGACCAAAGGAAGCUGGUCCGAGGUGUACAAGGAUGAGCAUUUCUUUUCGGUAUUUAACGACGAUAUCAACUAUCCCUGGGCCGUGUAUGAAGGUGGUUUGCUGGCAGUACGCAAGACUAAAGGAUUCGUUGUUUACAAAUGGGCGAAUCGUACCCUGAACCAAAUGCUUGUGGCUUCAAAAUAUCACGACGAGUACGGUUAUGGUUUGCAGAACAAUACGAUCGUUUUCGGGAAAAUAUAUCCCUCUAACCAGCAUGUUGGUGUAGUUUCCCGCUUGGACUCGAUCGUCGAAUUCGGUUCCGUCAAACUGAACGAACUGGGCAAACCGGUUCGUUCGUUGAAGAAGCGCCUCAACCUGGAUCCUGUGUGGAUGCAUCCGGCGAGCAGCAUAUCGUUGGUGGAGCGGUAUGACGACAAAAAGCAACAAUCGAUUGCUUUGCGAACCGCAUCCGAGCUAAAGCUGUUUCGUUUUAACGAAAAAUAUGAAUUGAAGGAGACGGCUACUGUAAAUGAUUUUCUUCCGCUCGAUAACGAGUAUGAUAGGAUUUUGUUUGCAAAGUUUGAUAAUGGCAAGAUCAACGAUCUGUUGCUGUUUACGUCUCAAGGCUUGACUAUGUAUCGUCUCGAUGAAGAAUCCGGCCGUUUCCAGAAGGCUUACUACUCGGCGGUAUUUUCCAAAUUACGUGGCUGGACCAAACGCACCAUCGAUACAAUCGCCACAGUAGAUAUCGAUGGUGAUGGUCGUGAUGAGUUGAUUGCCUCUGGACCCAAAGGAUUGUGCGUGUAUCGGUCGGUGUUUACGAAGGAUGGAUUUGAUCUGGUUAACAUUUUCGACGAGAGACUCGAGGAUCGUGCAGUCCGUUACGGAUUACCGAAGGUGACAACCAAGGCAGUGGAGAGCAAUGACCACAACAUUGUUCUCUUUACCGGCGAAAAUUUCCUCGAAGUGCGUACCAAAACGUUCACUCCACAAUCGUUUGAUAUACCGCCUGCUCAGCCGACUGUUGCAAAACCUAAACCGAGCGUCCCAUUGGUAGUGCCGCAGAAGAGGCACAUUGUCUGGUUGCACGAUCAGCUUGAUCUACAUAGUAUGCUCCAACCGUUAAAUGCACACGCGGGAAAAAUGGAGCUGAGUAUUCCUUUAAUUGAGUUACCCAACGCAUUCGGUGUGAGUGUGCGUAAAUUUUUAAAAUACAAAAAUAUUCCGUUCGAAAGCUUUUUUGGACGCGGAUGGUCUUUGCCGCUCGAUUACAUCAGCGUGGAGCGAAAGAACAGUGACUUCCUGCAAGAUCACGACUAUGCGAUACUGAAAAACAACAAUCGGAUUAUCCUUAAACGACAACCAGCCUGGGACUCGGUUAACCAUUGGGCUUUUAUAAUUGAAGGCUACAAGCAGGCUCGUAUAAAAUACUUUCCGAAGGAAGAGCGCUGGGAAUUUACGAUGGAAGAUCGCACAUUCGUAUACGGUACGUGGAACAAUCUGAACAUGAUGCGUCAAGCGAAGGUCUGCUCAACAUGGCCUCUGUGUGGAAGUAGUACGUCAGCAAAGGAUAAAACAAUGCCAUCUCGUUGGUAUUUAGUACAUGAGGAAACUAAAUAUGGCUCGUUUGCAAAUUACUAUUACGACAAGUUUGUAAACGGGAAAGGUGAUCGUUUAGCACGGAUUGAGCUGGAUAGUGGAUCUAGUGUGAGCCUGCAGUAUUCCAAUAACAAUCAAUUGGCAAGCUUCACAGUUAAUACUACCAGUUACGACCAGCAUGUAUCAUUCGAGUACGCAGGAAACUUGCUCAUGCACAUCAAGCAGGAGGAUCGAACUUUGUUCAAGUUCGAAUACAGGGAUGAACGCAUGUCAAAGAUCAUCUAUCCAAACAAGCUCGAAUCAAUGCUAGAGUACAGUGAUAUGGAGCUCGACAGAACACGCUUCGAGGAACUCGUGCCAGUCGAUUUAAAUCCAACGUUGUACUACGGCCCGGAUUACACCGUGAUUUUGGACAAGGAGUACGAGGACGAUCGUUUGGUGAUCAGCUUUCGAAAUCUUCUCGGCGGAACGGAAGGACCGAAGGCAAUCAAGGAGAAGCUACACUUUGGCCAACCGGGUAUAAAAAGCCACACGAUACACGCGCUAGAAGAUAUGCUUGUAGUAGUCCUUCUGUACAGCACCCGGAAGGAGGUAACGGUUCUACAGUUUACCAACAAUGAUUGGGUGGAAAAGGAAUACCAUGCCGAUUUUCCACUGGACGGAACCAUUAGUGUGGGGAAAAAGUUUGUCGUUGUGUACAAUCUGAAGACCGUGCGCGUGUUAGCGGUAAACCUCGAUGGGAAGUUCACCAGUACGGAUAUAAAGCAGUCAGUGCCACCCAAUUUUUUGAUACACACUUUUGCGAAUGGUUUCGUAAUGUAUGCCUCUACCGACAUCACUGUUUGGACGAUGGGGCUUAAGAAUAAAUGGCAAUCAACUUACACUACACCGCCCACGAACCUCUUUAACGACAUCGAAAGAGUGCUGGAUGCGUUCGAGUUGGAAGCUGAGUUCCGUGCUGCUCUGCGGAAAGGCUUCCUAGCGGAUGCCAUCACCGUGUACCAGAAUGCGAUUGUCUUACGUGUGCCGGCGUUGGUAGACAAAACGUUGGAGCUGAAGGUUUACUUCCUGAUACUUAACUUCAAAGGCGCGCCUGAGUUCGUAUCGAGGCAGUCGGUACGGAUUGUCGUUGCCGAUUUUAACACGUACGAGUACGACAUGCCUACUAAAGAUGGUGAUGUCUUCAAGUUGUACUACACACAGGAAAAUCAAAAGUUCAUCCUGAAACUGAAAAGCAUGCGAGGGCCAAUGUAUACAUCACUAAUGGAUCAGCAAAAGCAGUCGUACAAACAGAUCGACGAUAGCAAGGAAAGUGCGGCGAAGAAAACGCAGUACAAGAAGGAGUUGGAUCAAAAAAUUGCUGAAGAGAAGGAAAAUAUCAGCAAAACCGUCAUCAGUAAGGUGCAGUUUGCUAUGGAUCUGUCACAGUUUGGGGUGCUCAUGAACCAGCAUGGCGUUGUGACGGGAAACGUGCAACUGUCCUUCACCGGACAAUCUUGGCAGCAGCAGCCCAUCCGCCCUGAAGCGAUGCGCAUGGAGAUAGUUAAUCAGACGCUUGGGAAUGGUUUUUUGCUAGCAAAGUACGAUUACCAGGACACUUUUAAGGUGUACGAAUUGCCGAACCAUGCGCUCAUUUACGACACCAAGACGAACAAUCCGCAGGAAAUACAGAUUGUCGCUCCGCGAUACAUUCAGGCACAACCUGCAGGCCAACCUUUAAGCAUGUUUUUCUUUGCAACGAAGGAAACGCUUCAGCCGAAGGCGUUCAACGAGACGAUGGUCCGGGCUAGCAAUACUAUCGCGUUGGUGACGGUGCGCCAUGUAAACGAAACAAGUAAGUUUCUCGUCUUCCGACCAGUGGAUUCAUUUCUGCUGAAACAUACGUCUUUAUUUACCAAGCAGUAUGUACGGCUCGAUCAGGAUGAUAUACGUACUUCGAGCUACAUCUACGACAUUAAAGAUGCACACCUUUCCAGUGAAGGUGCCAUGUUUUAUCGUGUGAAGGUUGUUCCUGGUGGUAACAAAGAUCAGUUCGGGUGGUACGAACAGUCAAUCAAUUCUACUACCGGAGAAACGACGAAAAAAUCCUUUGCAUCCGACGGUACCGAUGUUACAGUGCGCGUGAAGCAGAAACGUGAUAAAACCGAGACUCGCGACCUCGAAGGCACGAUAUGGGAUAAAAACCGACAGCAAAAAGUAGUGGACUUGGGUGCACUGAAGUUGGUCGAUGAAGUGGCUUCAUACUAUGGGUUCGAACCUUACGAGCUGAACCAUUAUGGUGUCGAUAAAAAGUGGACGUUUGAUGAAAGGAAUGUACAGACUGAAUGGGGCAACCAUUAUCUGCAACUCCCGCCAGGAUCUACCAUGAAGGCAUCCUUUACGCCACUACAGCCAAAAAAUUUGUGGAUCGUUUCGUUGUGGGCACGCCUUAAGCCGGUGCCUAACGUGGACCAUAAUUUAAAAAUAGUGAAGGUGGAUAUAGUUAAUCUGAAAAAUAACUCCCGUCAAACUUUGCAGGGAGCUGUAGUACAGCAUAUAACUUUAAACUGGUGCUAUGUGGAAAUGACGGUUGAUACCACCAAAUAUGCCGAUGGUUCGAAACUUAGGUUCGACAUUUGUAUAGAACCUUCGGACAAGCGGACAAGCAUCGACAUUGAUCAUGUACGGUUUUCGCCUUUGGAUUUGAAUUUUCUUGCCAACGUCUACACCCCGGUUAAUGCGGAAGUGCGAGCGACUCUCCAUAACAACGGAAAGUUGAAGCAGAAUCUUUACGGACCCAACGGAAGAAGAGUGGCGUUGAUAUCGCAGGAUGGUCAGGUGAUUGAUUUUUCGAUGCAUUCAAAAACUGCGUUUGUGGCUUCGAUUAACGCAAAACAAAGUCUCGUGGAAAUGAAGCCCAAUGUUGGUGUUUAUGAAACAUUCGAUACAGCCCUAUGGAAAUCGAGUGAUAAGGAAUGGUUAAUUAGUUAUGGUGAGUUAAAAUACCAACCUGGAAGUGCUGGAAAGCGAGGAGAUAUUGUACGAGUAUUCGAUCAACCGUUUGAAUCGUUAGCGCUGCGUUUUCUGUAUAAUUACUUCACUGAUAGCACCAAAUUGGAUUUUAGCUGGAAUGGGCAAGAAUUUGCUAUUAUAUGUGCUACAGGGCCUUCCUGCAAUCGAUCACCAAAGGCAGGAGAAGUGCUUAUAUUCAUAACCGAACUACGCAUUUCGAUUUGGGUGGAAGGACAUUUACACAGAGAAGCUUUACUAAAGCCGAAACUGAAUACUGUGAAACAAAACGAAUUUCGCUUACUUCCAACGGGAUCAAUUGAAAUCUCGGAGUUUCUAGCGAUGUACGACUCACGUGUAAAAGUCACGUAUUACAAUCGGAUGGGUCGACCCAAGCAGUUGAUCGUGUACGAGGACCCAAGUACGGUGCGAAUGCGCCAGCUGGUAUACGACGAAAUUGAUCGUCCAAUAAUGCAAACCAAAUGGACCAAGGUAUCGUACAAAUAUAAGGAAUAUUUUGCAUUCAAUGCAAACUUCAUUACACAGGUUCAUGGUACAAGCCAUGUGAUGACCGGUAUGGUUUCGAAAUUAAAUCCAUCCUGUGAAGGCUAUCCAUACUCUCGCACGGUUUAUGCUAAAGAUCCGACGGAGAACAAACAGUACCAGGGACUUCCAGGCAAGGAUUAUACCGUAAUGAGCAAGUAUAAGCGUCGGUAUGCGAUGCGUACGGAGAUAGCGCUACUGGCAAAUAUAUUUCCCGAGGCGGACGGCUUUCGCCAGAAGAUAGUGGAACGUCCGGGUGGUGCUAUUCGGGCCACGGUGGAAGAUAGCCGAGGAAACAAAGUGGCCAAGUACUGGCAUGUGGGUAACUUUGAACAUCGUCUUACCACUUACGAAUAUUCCGUAACCUAUGGACAUUUGAUUCAAGUACUGCCGCCCCAAUAUCAUGCACUCGCAAAAACCACCUCUCGAACCCGACCAUUCCUGACUGGUGCGGACACUCCGGAAGAAACCCAACUCAGAAACCAGUGGAAGGUAUGGUAUUACUACGGGGACGGAAUGCUUAUUGGCAAACGUGUCCCCGACGGUGGUAACUUUGAGUACGUUUACACAAAUUCCGGUAUUUUGCGCUUUUCAAUACAUUACAGCUUGCCGGAUAGGCAGCAGCUGGAUCGUGUUGUUCAUUUCACGUAUGCUUCCAAUGGCAAGGUAAUGCGUGAAGCGUUAGUGAAUUUGACACGCGAGCAAUGUUAUGAGUUGGUAGAGACGAACGAAGUUCCUGCGUCAGAUAAUUCUAUAGACACAUUCUACGGUGAGAUCGAAACAAAUCCGGAUGUACGCUAUAGAUCACAGCAAUCUACCCGCAAGAUUGGGAACACGCAGAUGAUGGAAAGUUUAAUUUACAAUGAGCAGGAAAAGGUGAUCAAAAAAGUGUUUUUUGUUCCGACGAUCAAUGCCACGUUCUCGAUUGAUUACGAGUAUGAGAAUGGGAAGCUGCAUUCCCUGCAAUAUCCAAUGAAUACAACCUCGUCCCCGUUCACACUGAUCUACGAUUAUAACGGAAAUGGUGAAGUGAAGUUUGUGCGCGAAUCUACUAAGCGAGAUCCUAUGUUUGAGUUUACGUACAAUGCAGAUGGCAUGGUGGAGGCGAUGAAAGUACGAACCGACGCGAAGCACACGUUCCAGCGCAACUUUACCUACAACCAGCCGGGAUUUUUGGUGAAACUCGAAGAUGACUACUUGUCCGAAAGCGUUAGUUAUCUGGAAACUGAUUCUUAUGGGCAGGAUUCCUACACCCCCAUCUACGAGGGUCUCAUAUCGAGGACAUUGUUCACUGCUCACUGGAAAAAUUCAACUAGCCCGAUGCGCAACGGUAUCUAUCCGGAAUACUUCAUUAAGCACAACAUCAUGGACCAAAAACGGGCAGCGCUUUGUCACGAAACGUUGCAGCGAGCAGGUUACAUAGAUAAAAGCAAUCUUGUAACGAAAACGUUCUACGGGGAGCAGGAUGACGAUCUACCAUUUGUGUGCGGAAAACGAGCUACACUGAGACAUCUUUCGGGAGUGUUGAGUAGCAAAAGUUUCCCCUACCAGUACGGUCACCGUUAUGACUACGACGAUCAUGAUCAGUUGAUUAAGGCGAAAUAUUUUCAUGGAGUCGAUGAGAUGGCUCUUUCCCCACUGACGCAUCGGAGCUUCUCGAAAGAAAUAAAGAGAAUUGACGAAGCGACAUCCCAAAAAAUUUGGGAUGCGUUGCGCACAAAGUCAUUCCUAACGAUGGAUUGCACCAAUCCUAAUUUAUGUCACGGACGCGAAGGAACGAAAUCCAUUUUUAGCAACUUCAUUCAACAACAUCGUUACAGCCAUCACUUGAAAACGAUGUUAGCGAAGGCAAUAUCGCAACGAAAAGCAUUAAAUGCGAACGAUUUUGAACAGAAAUGUAAGCGAUGGAUCAAAGGAUCGAAUAUGAUAAUGAGGAUGUGCACCGAACUCCAGCAAUCAUUAAGUAGUCAACAAAUUCUUGGCACCAAUGUGAAAAACCCUCUUUCUUCGUUGAAUCCGGAGUUUAUAAAUGCUUUAAAACGAUAUGAGAGCAAUAUACCGGAUAUUGUUGGUGUGCUUACUCACCACUUUGCGACAGCUUUGGGACGUUCGACCGCAGAUGUGCAGUCGUACGAAAUCGAUGCAAACGGGAAUCAUCGGAAGUUUUACACGGGAUUCUCUCGGUAUCGGUUAGAGUACCGUCCAGGAACGAAUCAGAUCACCAAACUGUAUCGCCAACAGUUUGACCGUGUUCAGCGUACGGAAGAACAAUUCAACAUGGUACACGAUAGUGACGGAGCCGUCAUCCAGGCAGAACACAAAGGUAUUAAGCACAUGGAGUACGAUAAGCUGUUGCAUCGGGUCAGUAAAAUAGAGAUGAUGGACGAACGGAAGUUGAUUUAUCAGUACGAUGUGCGCGGAGAGCGUACCUUCAAGCAGGUGCUGGAUAAGGAUGGAAAGGUUAUAAGUGAGAAGUAUUACCUGCGCGAUGCAAAUGGUUUGGUGUUGAUGGACAUGGAUAUGACGUAUCUAGCGAGAAAUCAACCACCCGACGUACGCAUAACGAGUUACAUAUACAAGGAUCAGCAGCUGAUUGGGUUCCUUCGUAAUGAUAAGAUGUACGCAGUGAUCACGGAUCAUGAAGGAUCUGUCCGGUUGGUGGUAAAAGAUGGUGAAGUAGUCGCGGCUUAUGAUUAUCUUCCCUAUGGGCAAUUAUUCCGACGUUUCGGGACCGAUUUCGAUGGGCAGCUUUCGUAUCUGUACACUGGUCAGGAAUGGGAACCGGAAACUGGCUUGUACAACUAUCGCGCACGGCUGUACGAUCCCGACAUUGGAAGGUUUUACCAGAUGGAUCCGAAGGAACAGUACCCGAGCCCGUACGUGUACGCCGGUAAUUCCCCUGUUUCUUUGAUCGAUCCCGAUGGUGAAUUUGCCUUUACGUUGGCCGUGAUUAUUUUGGCCUUGGUUGGAGCUUAUCUUGGUGCGGCUUCUGCCAACAAUUGCUGGAAUCCGCUGAAAUGGGACUGGAGAUCAUCAUCUACCUGGAUAGGAUUGUUAACGGGAGCUGUUACAGGCGCAUCCAUACCGUUCAAUAUGGCCAGUUCGGUGGCGUUUUUCGUUGGCAUGGGAUUAUCAUUAAGCACGUCAAUCGCUAUCAUGGUUGGUACGGGCAUAACCUUUGCCUACUUUAUGAUGGCGGCCAGCAGCGGCACUUGGGACCCAACAAAGUUCGAUUAUUCCAGCCCGGGGACUUGGAAUGCGUUGAUGAAUGGAGUGGCUACAUCGUCGUGGAUUCUGAUGAAUCCUUCGUCACUGAUAAGUUCGUUCGUCUCAAUAACUUCUGUCGCAGCGAAGGCACUCUUUUUCGUAGCCAAACUUACAAUGAGCCUCGGGUUCACAUAUCUGUUUGCCGCUCUUGGACAGGGAGGAGAAUUUGAUAUGACAAAAUGGGAUUUUUCAGAUCCACAACUGUACAUGAGCAUUGUCGAUGGAUUUACUACUGCAACGGUGGGUGUAUUGUUUCUUCGGAACCUGCCCAACCAAAUAAGCAAGUGGUCAGGAAAGGUUAAACGCACGGUCGAUCUUUUUGUGGGUAAUCUUAUCACCUUCCGUGCUCAACUAGCACUGGGGCGUGAUUGGUCCCGAGUUAUCAUGCACACAAGAAGUUUCAUAUACGUAAGUUACCGCAACAUGCAAAGCUUACAAAAAGGUUUCCUGACCAUCGGUUUCUACUCACUGAUUGUAUCCUUACGUUUGUCGGUAAUACCUGACAGCAACAUUCCGGAGUUUACUGCAGCGGAAGCCACCGUUAACGUUCUCUUUAAUACUGAGCAGUUUUCCGAGUUUAUAGUAAAACCUUUAUCUUCGGCCUCGCCACAGUUAAGGCUACCUAGACCAUUAAAAUUUAUUCGUUUUAGGAUUCGUUCGGAGGCUAUUAGCCUAUUAGGCAAUGAAUCGUUACAUUAUUCGAAACAUAUGGAACAUUCAGGUGCCUCAGUGUUGCGAAGUGCAUUUGCCACUUUUAUCCAACAGCCAUUUGAAUGGUUGUUUGGCACGAAGAAAGCUGAAACAUACAGCGAAAAUGGAACGAAAGACUCUUUAGCGUUAUACACACCAAAGCAGAUAUCACGUUCAGGCUACUUUCUGAGGAAUUGCUAUAAGGUUCAAAAUGAGGAGCAUCCUGAAGGCAUGAUAUCUUGCUACGGGCGUAGCAGCAUCGUGACCAUAGUUCCAAAGGUUAGCGAUGCACCAAUGAUUGCCGACAUGGAUCAUUACAACUACUGUUUGCCAUUGACCUACGACGGUCACCCGUCGGUAUCGUGUGAGGGCGAAUGGUCAUCAUUGAUUUACACAGCAAAGGAACCCGUAAGGGUUUUUGAUUUUGUCGAUGGCUGGGUACUACUGGCACAGGUCGCUCCAUCCGCUUAUAGAGAACUGAAGCGUGGAAUUAAGUAUAUCUUCUCACGUCCCAAACGUGACACACAAUCGGCGAGCAAGGAUCGAGCAUCAAAUGAAAGGCAAAUGCUUCAUCAUAAGUUAGAUAAGUUGAAGUAUCAGAUUACCAACCAUAAACAGCUACACUGGGCACGUUGGAUCAUCGAAGAUCUAGCAGAGGAUGUAGAAUCCUACCUUACUGAGGGACAAGGGUCGUUAAGCAUAUUGGACGAUAGAAUAAACGCUCUCGAGGCAGAAAUCAUGGAGGAUAUCAUAAUAGACCGACUGCAAAGUACGUUUAGACCGCAAGCAGCAAACAAAAUGUCGGCUCGAAAUGAUGAUAGUGUUGGCGAUAAAAUGGAUCGUUUACAAUUUUGCCUAACUCCGGAUCAUCAAGCACAAUGCAACCUAUUUCCUUUGGUGGGCGUUAGCGCCAUGAAGAGUAUUGAAUAA